UACGGCGCGUUAGCCAAUAUAAAACAGUAAACAUUGAAUCGGUUCAGUUGAUGUGACCUCUUCGAAACGCGUCGUCAGUUGAGGCAAGCCGGGUUUGUUGUGUGUGUGUAAGAAGGUGUUCUGUUGCAUCCAAUGCUAAGAACCGUGCCAGAAGAAAAAUCAUUCGAAGGAGCAGUUGAAGAGUCCGUUGUGUACGACCCAGAAAUUUCCGUAACAGACGCUCGACGAUAAAUUAUAAAUGAUUCAAGCAGAGCAAAUAUUUGGAAUCGUUCGACAGUUGUUAUAAUUCAAUUCAAUCAGGAUCUUAGUACAACAAAUAAAUCACUUCUAAGUACAGUAAGUAAAACACUUCGUCAAGAUCUAAGUAAAUUUCUUUCACUUGUGUUUCAUGCCAAUAAAGGCGCCUGCAAGUGGUGAAAGUCUCCACAUCGGCACUCCAUGGUUUCGGAUCAAAAGUACGGGCUGAGAACGCUGCCAUUGACAGACGGAAAGGAAAACUAGUACAAAGGGAACUUCGCGUCCUUGACUUCACCUCCGGAGCUGGUAUUCCUCGUACAGGAAUACUAGCACCCCCAUGGUGAUCGAUCAAAAAAUCAAGCUCCUCGAAGACUCCGAGGACAAACUCCCUGUUGUCGAAGAGUCAGAGUCACAGCGACAACCGUGUCAAUACCACCAGCAAGUACGUCAGCUUCUCGUGUUCAGCUUCGCACAAGGAAACGCCUUUCCGAUAAGUAUUAUCGAGUCGCAGCAAUAAGGACUCUCUUCUUCCUAAAAGCAACUCCAAAAAGCUGGGCGUCAUGAAGGAACAGGAAGAACACAAUUCGAAGAUGCAUUCCAGCGCGAAUCAUGCGGUCGUGGACAUGGAGCUGACCGGUGUCGAAGGUGAGGUGGUGCAUAACUUACAGACGAGGCGAUCGGAUUCUUCGAAGAAAGUACGAUUCUCGGAUCAAGACAAGUCUACCUCGGUGUCUAAUACGCGCAGUAACGUUAAUGUUACCGAAAACGAAGAGUUCUACGAGACUUGCGAUAGUAUUCCCAACUUGCGAAUACGGGUUAACGAAGAGAACGCGAAGAACACGCAGAAAGAAAAUUGCAGCCCGAACAUAGGCAGCGUGAAUAUUAAUAAAUCUCCUAAUUCGACGAGGAUAGUGAUGAUGAUGGUCGUGGAGAACAGUUCCAUCCAUUCCACCAGCGACCUUGUAAACACUGGCUUGAAGAAGCUGGAAUGUAUCACUUCCAAAAGUAAUCAGUGUGACAGCAACCAUGGUUGGUCUGCUUGCAAUCGUACAAUAGGGCCCGUCUAUAUGAAUUACGACAUUAGGAGUCAAGAAUCUUAUUCCACGUCAAACAGAACGAUCGAAGUCACCAGGAGAGACUCUAAUUCGUCGAACAGCAGGGUUGAUAGUACGUGCUCCGGAGGACUUUUCUAUAGAGUAGCUAGCGCCGUGAAGUCUAUCGUGAACAGUAUCUCUGCCAUGACCCUAUCCCAGAAUAUUGAAAGGGGACAAGUGUCACAAACAGAUGACGUGGUUACAAGACCAUCUACAUCAAACACGUUCAUUCCAAUGUCACAGUUUGUGACCGCACUCUCGCAGAGAACUGGAAAGCGUUCCAGAGACACUCUAGAUAGCUCAUUGCAGAGACGAAUGCGGUUCGAAUUUCCAGAACACGAGACUACGAGUCCACUUCCAAAGCGACGUCGUGGGAAGAUCAAGGCUCGGGACCCGAUGCCUAGGAUGCUAUCUCCUAGAGGAGUGUCUUCAGAAACACAAGUUUUCCGUCAGGGAUCGUUAACCGUUGGCGAUACGGUUCUACCCAUACCUUCUAGAGCACACCAAUCUACUCAAACCGAAUGAUCCAGAAUUGCGCGUGUAGAGUUUUUAUUAUAUAUUUAACUUAAUAUCGUGUUCCAUCAUAAUUAAAAUUAAUUUAUUAUUUUAUUCCAUCGUGUGUGAUAUAUUAUAGUACUUAAAAUAUUUUGUAUAAUGCUAUGUAUUAAAAGUACUGUGUUUUAAAAGAUCUAA